UUAAGAAUUCCACGACCUCCUUUCCUACGUACGGCUAGUACCUAUAUUACUAAGCGUCCUAUCGAGAAAGGUUAUUCGCGAGCGCCUCCGGAGUUUCGUUAUAGAGAGUAUCGCGAGGUCCUCCUUAGGUUUAAGCUACUUUCUGGAACUCACUCUGGUGUGAACCUCGCUAAAGACAGAUUCUACGAUUAUUUAAGUGCCCUACCUUACGUAUAUUAUUUAAUUAAGUUCGAGGUCUUACGGUUUAUAUUAACGGAAGCCCUUAACGCAAAAGCUUAUCCUAAUCUAGGAUGUUCGUACGUAAUAGAAUUCGACGUUUCUUAUGCUCCGACGGGCGAAAAGGCUUUAUAUUAUAUUCGAUAA